UCCAUGCUCAAUUUCUCUCCCUCUCCCACCCACUCCCGUUCUCUCCCUCUCUCCCACUCUCUCUCCCCCACUCUCCAUCUCUCUCUCUCUCUCUGACUUGUUUCACUUUCUUCUCCACUCCUUCCACUUGUACAGCACUCCAAGAGGAGACCCUAACUGCAAUGGAUACCUUCAGCCCUCCUCCGUCCUCCUCCGCCCCUCCUCUGGUGCUCCAUCCCCUCUCCAACCUCACCUGUGCCCCGGUCGACGCCAGCGCGGAGAACCUGGUCUUCGGCUGCUACUACAUCGUCGUCUUCCUGCUGGCGCUGAACGGCAACAGCCUGGCUCUGUGGAUCUUCUCGCGGCAGCGGGGCGGCGCCUCCUCGUCCCCUGCCAACGUCUUCCUGUGCCAUCUGGCCGUGGCCGACCUGUCCUACGUCAUCAUCCUGCCGCUGCGUGCCACCUACCACCUGACGGGCGGCCACUGGCCCUUCGGCGAGGUGCCCUGCCGCCUGGCCGGCUUCCUCUUCUACGUCAACAUGUACGCCAGCAUCUACUUCUUGGCGUGCGUGGCGGGCGACCGUUACCUGGCCGUGGUGCACGCCGUGCGCUCGCUGAAGCUCCGGCAGGCGCGCUACGCCCAUAUCGCCAGCGCCUGCCUCUGGGCCCUGGUGACCAUCGCCAUGGCGCCUCUCCUGGUGACGCGGCAGACGACGGAGGUGAACGGGGCCACCGUGUGCCUGCAGCUGUACCGCGAGAAGGCGUCCCGGCGCGCGCUGGUGUCGCUCGGGGUGGCGUUCACGCCGCCGUUCCUGGCCACGCUGGCCUGCUACCUGCUCAUCAUCCACAGCCUGCGGCGCGGGUCGCGCCUGGAGCCCAAGCUGCGGCUUCGAGCCCUGCGCACCAUCGGCCUGGUGAUGCUCAUCUACGUGGUGUGCUUCCUGCCCUACCACGCCAGCCGCGUGACUUACAUCCUGGGAUACAGCCUGGACCUCCCCUGCCGUACCCAGAGGGCCUUGUCCCUGGCCAACCGCCUGACCUCCUCCCUCACCUGCCUCAACGGGGCGCUCGACCCCCUGGUCUACCUGUUUGGGGCGGAGAAGUUCCGCGGUACCCUACAGAAACUGCUGUGCCGCGGCCAGCCAACCACCUCCAGUGCCACAAGUGGGGGAGACCUCAAGGGCACACAUGAGAGUUCCAUCAGUGCCAAGUCAGAGUUCUAGAUUGCUUGCCCAUUGUUAGAAUCUGAGUUCUGGAAUAAGAACGCGUCAGUGCCAACUCUGAUCUGUAGCCAAUCAAAGACUGAGAUUUUAAAGUGUCAGUGUAAUGCCAGAGUUCUAGAAUAUUGAAACAUGAGAGUUAUGUCAGAGCCAAGUCUGAACUCUUGCCAAACAGCUAUCAGUAGCAAGUUUGCGUUCUGGCCAAUCAGUGCACAAGAACUCCAACAGUGCCAGGUCUGUGUUGCAGCCAAUUAACAGCUGAGGGUCUGGGUCAGUCAUGCCAAGAUCUCGAGGCGAUCAACCACCGCUGCGGCGCUGAAUCUGAAUUGGUGCCAAUGGCCGACACUCUCAGUUGGAACCUGAUGGAGCAACAGCAGGUGUGACUCGGUUCUGGAAUCAAUUCAAGAACUGAAUGUUAGUGGUAUGGGCAGGACACCCAUACACCGCUAAAUCUCAUUUUAAAAUGGCAUAUUUAUUCUUUUAUAUAUAUAUAUAUAUAGGCCUAUAUACAAUAGGCCUAUGUAGUGGUAACAACAGCAUUACAAGAGCCAUAAAGGACACCAUGCGCCUCCAUUCAUAUUAGCACACAGGAAACUUAACACAUCAUUAUAUGCAUUAUAUUGAAAUGUUGAUGACUUAAUGCAGCAAAGCAAAAGAUUUUUUCUAUUAACAAUUUAUAACGAUUCAUAUAUUGUGUAUAUUGUUCUGGACUGCAGCUUAUUAUGGCUUUAUACUGCAGAUGUCUGUCACCAAUGGUCAUGCUGGCCAGAAGCUUGAACUGAGCCAUAGACGGGUGCUUCAAAAUAAGCUGUACAAUUAGCUUUAUCUGACGUAGUAAGAGUUUUUUUUGCUAUGACACAUAAAUGUUUGAUAUUAAAAAUGAAUUCUUCUACUGAAAAAUGAGUGACAUGUUACUGAUGUUUGUCUCUCUCCCUGAACACUAUACUACCUUAUUAGUUAGAUUGCUACAGUGUUGUAUCCUGCCUGUUUGCCUUUGAUUGGUUAUGUUAUUUAGCACCUUGCUUGUUCAAUUCUUACAUUAGCAAUUAGCAUGUUCCAUAAACAUUAGCUUUCAUCAAGGAUGUUAGGGAUAGGUCUACCUUGUACCUGACAGUUCAUGCCUUCUGUAAAUCUUUUAUUUUACAGUAGGUUAACAAAAUCUAGGUAAUAAAGCUCAUAUCCAUUUAUGUAAAACACACAGAAACUUUCUUCUUUCUCUGUCAUGUUUUUCUUUUUCAAACAUUCCUUCGUCUUUAUUGCCACUCAGCCUCAGAGGGUUAAGUGUGCCAUAUUCUAUGCAAUCUUGCUUGUGUAAAUAAUCUUUUAAGCCAAAUCCACUGCUUGUGCCAUGUGAUCUUGCGUUCUGUUCAUUAUCGCACUAUACGUUUGCAGUGUUUCUGAGCAGCCAUGGCUGUCACUGUGUUGUUAAAGUUUAAGCAGUGCCUUUUUUGAGCUGUUUUAAACCACUUUGAAAUGAUAAAACAUUGUAUUUUUUAUUUAUUGUUGCAGUUUACCUUUUUACCGUGUUCAUUUUAUUGUAUUUAAUAAAAUCAUGUUAAAAGAA